UAUAUGCCUGAGCGUACGUUGCUGUGCCGUGUGCCGCCGCUAGAGGCCAGUCUCCUCGUCACGGAGCGUCUUAUGCUCUGGUGCCAGUAUAUGCCUGAGCGUACGUUGCUGUGCCGCCGCUAGAGGCCAGUCUCCUUGUAUGUUGCCGGACCGGCUGUUGUUGCUGCUGGCAGCUGGUGUUCCCUACUCGGACUUCCAUCACUGCUGAUUGGCACUUGGUUACGGCGUCGUUAUGGAGGACACAGCGGUCUCGGGGAGCCGGGGAAAUUCGGUGAGUACCCGCUGAGGAAACCUAACAAAUUCUACAAAGACGUAAAGCCCAGUUUAUAAGGCACUCAUCAAGGGGUGUCUACCAUGGGAGCCACUGGAGAACUAGUCAAUCUGAACUGAGUGGUGCUCCCGGGGACCUUUCCAUACCGGAUGCUGUGAAUUUACAGAUGACACACAUAGCCAGGUUAUGACUAUCAAGAUGCCGUCUGGUAACUCGCAAACCCCAGAGGAUUCUAAAACUCUUCUAUCUCCAGAUAAGCUGAAGGGGAAAGCUCCGUUUCAUUCUGGAAUUCUGUUCCCUCACCGAGCAGAGAAGAUUGUAAUCACACGCAGUGAUAGCGUUCCAGAAGAGAAUGUAUUACAGAUCACCAUCACAGAGACAACUGUUAUCGAGUCAGACCGUGGAGUUUGCAACUCUCGAGCACUCAUCUACCUCUCGCUAUGGUUUUUCUUCAGCUUCUGUACUCUUUUCCUCAAUAAAUAUAUCCUCACCUUACUGGAGGGGGAGCCAAGCAUGUUGGGUGCUGUCCAAAUGUUGACAACCACUUUCAUUGGCUGCAUCAAGAUGUUCAUUCCCUGUUGUCUGUACCAGCACAAAACACGCCUUAGUUACCCUCCAAACUUCAUCAUGAUAAUGCUGUUUGUGGGAAUUAUGAGGUUCUCCACUGUAGUUCUUGGGCUGGUCAGCUUGAAAAAUGUGGCUGUCUCUUUUGCAGAAACUGUUAAAAGCUCAGCACCUAUUUUUACAGUCAUUAUGUCCAGACUCAUAUUGGGAGAGUACACUGGAAUGAUGGUGAAUCUGUCCCUCCUGCCAGUGAUGUGUGGGCUUGCCCUAUGCACUGCAACUGAACUCAGUUUUAAUAUACUUGGCUUUUCUGCAGCGUUAUCCACAAACAUCAUGGACUGCCUACAGAAUGUCUUCUCCAAGAAACUUCUCAGUGGAGAUAAAUACAAAUUUUCACCACCCGAGCUCCAGUUCUACACCAGUGCUUCUGCUGUCAUCAUGUUAAUCCCAACGUGGAUUUUUCUGAUGGACAUGCCAUUGAUUGGAAAAAGUGGGAAGAAAUUCAGUUACAACUGGGAUGUCAUUGUAUUGCUUCUUAUCGAUGGUGUCUUAUUCCAUCUGCAAAGCAUCACAGCAUACGCUCUCAUGGGGAAGAUUUCACCAGUAACUUUCAGCGUUGCCAGCACUGUGAAACAUGCACUUUCAAUCUGGCUCAGUAUUAUUGUCUUUGGUAAUAAAAUUACCAUACUUUCUGCCAUUGGGACUGUUCUAGUAGUUAUUGGUGUCCUUCUAUACAACAAAGCAAGACGGCAUCAACGGGAAACCUUCCGCAAACUGACUGCGGCAGCAAACACUGAGAACUCUGAACCAUUAAUCGGACAAGACCAAAAAUCACAUGACAAAUAGUGGAUUAUCUUGUGAUCAUUGUAACUUUAUUCUGCCACUGAAAUGAAUGGUACUGUAACUGCUGUGUUCUGCUGCUAGAUAUCUGGAAGCCAUCCAUAAAAGAAACAAGCUCACAAGAAGUUCCAUAAAUGAAUAAGUGUUUUAUUAACCAAAAACAAUGAGACCAGAGGGUUUUGUAUUGAAGUAUCAAAUGAGUGUGAAGCACCCUUAGCAAUUAUUACUAGUGUUGCUUAGUCUUCGCUCUCCUGGGCAAUAUCCUUAUCGCAGACCACAGGAGACACCCUGGCAAUCAUUCCCAUAAAACACUCUAGUGCCCAUGCUAAACCUCAGCAUCUGAUAACAGGUACUUAGUGAGGUCACCAGACAAUUGUCUUCUAAUUAAGAAGCAAAAUAAUUAUACUUGGAUGUGAACAUAUAAAGUUUUCAGUCAGAUCAAUUUGGGCCCACUGGCCACUGAGUAGAUUCACCACUAUAGAUUUUAAUAGAUUCAUCAAUGCAAAAUUAGCUGGAAUACAUGGGGACCAGUAAUGCGUUACUUGUUAUUGCACAAUGAAGCUUCUGUAGUAGUAUUUUGUAAGAGCAGUGUUUUCCGGGCAGUUUGUCAUAUGCCACCCACAGUGCAUGGGUGUUGUAUGUCGAUCACAAUGCAUUGUUGUCUGUUAGAAGUGUUAUCACUGUGAACUGUUAAGUAACCUUUAUUAACCACUAACAUACAAAGAGAUCCCUUAUGCCGACAACAAACACCAUUCACAAAUACAGUAUGUGUGUAUUAGGAGAUUAUCUGUCCUCAAGUUGCUUGAGAUAUAUAUAUAUAUAUAUAUAUAUUAUGAGCUUGUGUAGGGAAAUUAACAAUAUAUACAUUAUUAUGUUGGUCUAAAAUAUCAUUAGUACUGUUCUGACCAUAAAACACUUGCGCACACAUACACAUAGAACAAUAUCUUGAGCAAAGCCAAUAUAAUUACCGUUCCAACUCGAGGUCUGGCGGUGGUAGAUGAAGACACUUUAUAAAUGGCUACUAAACUUGAUACUUUUCACAUGUGAACUGGGCAGGUUGGUAGGAGUCCAGCUACUCAGUUGGCUUAUGGGCACCUGCGCAGUAUUGCACAUUGUAUUUGUGCUUGUCAUACAGCUGUGUACAACCUGUUAGCCAUUCCAACUUAAUAAACUGCUUCACCAAUCCCAGA